AGCUGUGGGUGUGAGGAAGAGGAGUUGUAUAAGUGGUUGGUAUGAGGAAGACGUGGGAGCCUGUAGGCAGGAUAUAACACCGAUAUGUGCAAAUGAGUGACUAAUGCUGGACUGGCUGUGCAUUGCCAUGCUUGUGUACUGUACUUUAUUUCCCAUUUUCUUCCUGUUUAGACAGGUGCAUCAGCAAAUCAUACUCCCCAUGUGUGGGUGAGCAGAGGUAAAGCUGGGAUUGCGUCUCUGUUGACACCUCCGCAGAUUCGGCGUGAAGCGGGAGGGAGAGAGAGAGAGAGAGAGAGAGAGAGAGAGAAACAGACAUUCAGAAAGAAUGAAUAGAAAGACGAGGACAGAGGGAGCGAGAGAGAAGAGUGAAAGAGAGACAGAAGAUAUAUUUGACUAUGUGGGUGUGUGAAGUAUCGAGGCAUGCAUCAUAAUUGUGGAUUCUUCUCGGAGCAGCCGGACGUGUCACUGCAGCAGCAGGACAUCAUUGGUCUCACAAAGUGCGUUCUUUUGUACUUUAAAAAACAGUGGGAGCUCUGAGCGCAGUGGGCGACAUAAGAGACAAAAUGGAAACCGUUUUGUUUCUGCUGCUUCAAGGACUUCAUUAACUGGGAUUAUAUAUUAAAAAAAAAAAAAAUACUUGAACUAGUUGAAGGGACGCAGACUGGAAAAUGAUUCAUUAAUCAAGAUCUGAAGUCAAGAAUUUAUCUGAGCUUCACUCCUCUUGUUUAUCCUUCUGCACCUUUCUCCCCCAUCACUACAUAUCUUCUGUCUCUGUGUCUCUAAGAUGGCCGUCAGCCCUAUCAUCAUCUGCCUCCUGUCACUGAUGACUGGCUAUGGCGCAUCCCACCCCUCUCCUCCUCCCCCUCGGGGGUGCAGUGUGGAUGUGGACCCUCCGUACAGAGUGCUAUGUGACCUGGAGUCAGUCUGGGGUGUGGUCCUGGAGGCCGUGGCCUGCUGCGGUGGCCUCGCCUCUCUGGUCCUCGCCGUGCUCCUGCUUGUCAAGCUGCGCUCCAUUUCUGACCCCGCCAGGCGCUCCGGCAUGGGGCCUCUUCUCCUGCUCCUGGGCACGCUCCUCGGGCUCUUCUCCAUCUCCCUGGCUUUCUUGGUGGGGAAGAACCAGGCGCUCUGUGUGGUCCGCAGGGCCUUCUGGGGGCCCCUUUUUGCCCUCUGCUUCUCCAGCUUGCUGGUGCAGGGUGUGAGGCUCAGGAGGCUGGUGGCUGGCGAGACAAGCCCGUCAGGCAGCUCCCUGGCAGCGCUCGGUCUGGCCUUGGCCUUGGUUCAGGGGAUCAUCUCUGCUGAAUGGGUCUUGCUGACUGUAGUUAGGGAGGGUCACCCGGCCUGCGAAUAUCCACCUUUGGACUUUGCUCUGACAUGCAGCUACACCCUGGGGCUGCUCCUCAUAGCCAUGGGGCUUUCUCUGGGGGUGGUGCUGUGUGGAGGAGAGAUGGGGGCAGAGGGAGCAAGUGGGGGUGAAGAAGAUAGAGAAGGAGAGAUUGAAAAACGGAGAUGGAAGUGCAACGCCGUCUGGCUCUUCCUGUCCAGUCUGGCAUCAGCAUUGCUAUGGGUGGCUUGGCUGGGGUUUUAUCUUUAUGGCAGCCAGGCACUGAGGGGAAAGGGGAAAGGGGAGAGGUUCGGAGGAGGAGGAGGAGGAAAGAAGGAUGUAAAGGUGUUGGAUGAGCCUGCGCUGGCGGUGGCCCUGGUCAUUCAGGGCUGGAUCCUGCUGCUGUUCCACGCUAUUCCAGAGGCGCACCUGUGUCUCCGGAAGCCUCAGCAAUCCAACACGCAAGACUUCUUCGACACCAGUCACACGUCCCCUCCUCCACAUUUUGGAGAUGAGCUCCCGGCACACUCUCACCGACCCUUCCCUGAAAACCAGGCUUUUUCUAUGGAGGAGCACGGCGCAACUCUCCGAAGUGGAACCUACCACGGCAGCCACGGGAGUGUCCGUCCUGGCAUCGCCUUCAGAGGUCACGUCUACCAACCCACUGAGAUGGCUCUGGUCAUGAAUGGUGGAACAAUGCCCACAGCCCCAGUUAACUACACUGGACGACGGCUAUGGUAAAAUGGGACCAGACCUGAAGAGGAUACACUGGUGUGUGAUUGUAGAAUUUCCUGUUGCCUAAGAACAAGAAGAAGGAGAUGUUAAAAACAUCACAAAUCACACGGGAUGGAUUUAAUGGGAGCUAAAAAAAUGUUUAAUGUAUUUGUGUUUCUGCACACGUUUGAAUUUUACAUUUUAAGAACCAAUCCUAAUAGUAUUUUUGCUGAAGUUUUCUGGGUUGCCUCUUUAUCUGCAGACUAGACACAAGAGAUGGAAGAGAAAGUGCUUCCAGGAGAUUUUGUCAUAAAGCGAGAGCAUUUAUGGUGUAUUAUUUUGAUCAGCACAGAUAGUCUUAACUGUAAUAUGUAAAUAAAUACACUGACGAGAAGUGUAUAAGCAGGGCUAAUGAAAUUAUUUAUAAGGUGAAUAUCAAAGACUGGUGUUCAAUGAGGUAUUGACCAUGAGAAAGUAAAGAUUAAAGGAUGAUUUGAAUGUAGUGAAGUAAACAUUCAGUGCAAGCAGCUCUAAACAAAGGCUGUUGCUUUCUGAUGCCAGUUCAUCAGCGAUGUUGUCUUCACAAAAAGUACUUUCCUUCUCUUUCUAUCUGGUGUCAAGCCACAACUGAGAAAAAAAAACAACCUUUAGGAUGUUUAUGUAAAUUAGCCGCAUACGCCCACAAAGCUUGCUUGGCCUCUGUAUUACAUGCUGGAAAAACCCAAAGGACUCGCAGUGUUUUUCUCUCCAUAUCUCCAUUUUAUUAUCAGUACUAUUGGACAAUUUGGCACAUUUAGCCAUGUGUAUUGAUAACUGUCAUGCAUUUAACAGCGCUUGUGCAGAAUUCUGGAGGAUCAUGUGGGGAUUUAAAAGGCUAAAAUGAGUCUACAGCUCAUGGAUGAGUAGUUUUUUAAUAAGCAUAUCAUAAAAAGCCAUUUAAUACUGCAAUACCAAUGCUGCAGUAUAUAUAUAAGGUUUACUGUCGGAGGUUGUGAUUUUGCACUUUAUCAUAUCUGGGCAUUGUGAUAUUUGUAUGAUGUAUGAUCAUUUGAAAUGCAUGUAAAAGUGCAGUUUAAAGGUAAUGUAUUUUGUCAAAAUUAAUUGUAUUUUGAGUGUUUUCUAGAAUUUUGAUAUAAAUAUGGAAGAGAAAUAUCAGUUUUAGUGUUGAGUUGCAAAGUUCAUUUUUGGUAUUGGAAACAGCAGUGGCCAAAUCCAUCUGAAGUGCUCAUCUACAAUUCCAUGACAACUGGGAAAACCCUAUCUGCAGGGGAAGACAAUGUGGUACAACUGUAAGGUCUGGAACAGCUCCUAAAUGGACCCUGAGUUUCGACUGUUUUGUUGGCUACUACUGAUCAUACGUGGGAUGUAUGGCGACAUCUCAUCGGCAUUCAGGAUCCCUUUAAAUUUCAAAUUCGUAUAUAAUGAAAACAUUUACUCAUCCAUCACUGUGAAUUUAACUGGAACAGAUUCAAUAUAAAAUAUAAAAUAUACUGUUUUUAUUAGUGGCACAGCAAAGUUUGGCUCCAAGUCGAGGCAGAUUUCUUGUUGGCAGCUGCUGUUCACAUGUACUGGCAAUUGAACUCUGAGGCAACUUCCUUCUGGACCGGAGGGCUGCAGUUUUCAUUCAAUUUAUGACAUUUUAUCCAGUUAAAAUACAACUCAAAGAACAGUCACCAUGUUCAUGUUGUGACCAUUUCUUCUUGCUACGAGACUAAAUAAUUUACUUUUGUGUGUGCUCAGAUAUUAUACAAUGGAAAUAUUAUCAUCACAGGAUUUUUAUGUAUUUACCCUAUAUAACUGAAUUUUAAUCAUGUAAAUAAUCCAAAUGUGAAAAUUGUAUUUUCCUUUUGAGAUGCUCUUAUGAUGAUAGCACUGUCACUGUUUUAUGGCAGCGUAACAUGAAUGUCUGUAAUGUGAUUCGCACAAAGUGGCUAAUACAUCAGUGCAUAUUUUUCUGUUAA